AUCAGGCCUUUGUGACACUGACCACAAACGAUUCCUAUGCCAAAGGAGCCCUGGUGCUGGGCUCAUCUCUGAAACAGCACAGAACCACCAGGAGGCUGGCCGUGCUCACCACCCCUCAGGUCUCAGACUCUAUGAGGAAAGUUUUAGAGACAGUCUUUGAUGAAGUCAUCACGGUAGACGUUUUGGACAGUGGUGAUUCUGCUCAUCUUACCUUAAUGAAGAGGCCUGAGUUGGGUGUUACGUUAACUAAACUCCACUGCUGGUCACUUACACAGUAUUCAAAAUGUGUGUUCAUGGAUGCAGAUACUCUGGUCCUAGCAAAUAUUGAUGAUCUUUUUGAGAGAGAAGAAUUGUCGGCAGCACCAGACCCAGGGUGGCCUGACUGCUUCAAUUCUGGAGUCUUUGUGUAUCAGCCUUCGGUGGAAACAUACAGUCAGCUGCUACAUGUUGCUUCCGAGCAAGGUAGUUUUGAUGGUGGGGACCAGGGUUUACUGAACAUGUUUUUUAGCAGCUGGGCAACAACAGAUAUCAGAAAACACCUGCCAUUUAUUUAUAACCUAAGCAGCAUUUCUAUAUACUCCUACCUCCCAGCAUUUAAAGCGUUUGGUGCAAAUGCCAAAGUUGUGCAUUUCCUGGGACGAAUCAAACCGUGGAAUUAUACCUAUGAUCCUAAAACAAAAAGUGUUAAAAGUGAGCCCCAUGAUCCCACCAUGGCUCACCCAGAGUUCCUCAGCCUAUGGUGGGACAUCUUCACCACCAGCGUUUCCCCUCUGCUGCAGCAGUUUGGCCUCGUCUCAGACACCCACUCACACCUCAGUGUGGAAGAUGUCUCCGGAGCCAUAUCACAUCUGUCCCUGGGGGAGACCCCGGCUAUGGCACAGCCUUUUGUAUCCUCGGAAGAACGGAAGGAGAGGUGGGAACAGGGCCAGGCCGAUUACAUGGGAGCAGAUGCCUUUGACAACAUCAAGAGGAAACUCGACACUUACCUCCAGUAGAAACACUGCCACUUCUCCAUGGACACAUCCACUUCACAGGCACUUUUUUCUGAUACUUAGUGUCUAGAGCUGGGUCUGUUACAGUUGCUAGAGGCUUUCACUAAAAUUCAUCAGAUAAGGGGUUUUUGUAGGACAACAGGUGAGAACUGGGCGGAAGUUAUGAAGUAGCAAUUCUGUUACACAGACAGAGGCCUGUUUUUAACCCCAGGUUUACUCAGCUGAUGAUUCAGAAAUUCUCAGGCUGAAUGCCAACUUAUGUGGUAGGGGAAACUCAAUCUUAAACUAUUAAAAUGGCUCUAUCAGCUCUUAAAAUGCGCUGAGCCUGGCAUCAAACCAGUCUCCCUUCAGGUUGGGACACGGCAUCUGUCCGCCUUGCUGUUGCUCCUUCGCUUAGAGUUAUCCAGGGCUGCCUGAGUGAUUGCCCCUCUGCCUUCACGUGAAGACAGCCUGGAACACUGCUGCGUGAUUCAUAAGCACAUCAACAAAUGCCAUUAACCCAUCUUCUUCCCUAGCCUUAGUGUCUGAAGAUGUCCGUUUUCUAUGUACAGUGAGGCAGCAAUGCUAAAGUGCUUUUGUUCAGUUCUGUCUCUCACAGCAGCAGUGGCACCUUGUAUGAAAAAUAAAGACUUAUUGCCAUAGUUUGGUUGUCUAAUAUAAUUAAAGAUUCUUACUCCCCUUGAAAAAAAAUGAAUUGGGGAACUUUUCAUAAUUUGUAGAAUCUGUGUUUUUAAAACCAGUAUGAAACUUGAUACUGGAAUAUAUACUUUGAAAAUUGGUUUCCAGAUAGCCAAAUAUAAUUAAAUCUAGAGUUCUCCACUGGUGGAUGGAUCUGAUAGAUGAAAGUGAGGUCAAGUUAAUCUGCCACCCACAUUGCAUCUCCAUAGGAAAUGGGUAUUCAGAUUUAGCACGUUGUAACCUUAAAGUCGUCAUGGGUUCAUUGUCAGUCUGAAUAUAUGCACUAAUAUUUCAGGACUGAUAGAAGCAAUACUGGACCCUAAUGUCUCCUAGUGUUUUUAUCCACGACUUAAAAUGAUAGAAACCUAACGCAUAUUUAUUAAAUGUACAGAUGAUUCUAGGUUGCAAAGAUGGCAAGUUAGGGGAGGGUGGGUAGGAUGCAGAAUUACCUUUUAAAACUAAAGUGAGUACAGUAUUCAGAAAUCAUUCCAUUGAAGAAAACAGGAGAGAUGACCAUUACCAGAAUAAACUUUAAAGGGAAGAAACUUUAGAGGUUUAAUUGGGCAGAAACUUGCAGUGGCUUUUAUGACCUAACCUUAAGAUCACCCUCCUUUAUUUCCACGAUACCCUGCUGGUUACACAGGUCAGCCCUGUUCAGUAUGGGUGUGGAUGAAGACACGGGGGUAUGGAAUUCUAUAGGCUGGGAUGAUUGGAGACCACCUUGGAGGCUGUCUACCACAAGAGCUCAAGAAGAACCUGUGGAUUUACCUAAAAUUGUAAAAAAUUAUUUCUGAAGGAAAAAUAAGCUACAAUUAUUUGAACUGGUGGAGAAUCGAGUGGCUAUGAUCUUCAAGUACCAUAAAGCACUACCAAAGACUUAAGUGCCUCCGUGUGCCAGGUGCUGUGCUCCGAAGUCCUCUCGAGAUACUCCAAGGAUCUCUACAUUGGGGGGUAUGAGCUGAACUCUUCCAGUGAGAAUCCAAAGCAUAGAGAAAUACGGGUAAUGGAAAUUCAUUUCAUUACAGUGUAACUUGCAAAUGAGCCUUUAUUUCUGGACAAUAUAAUUUCAAAGUUCUGUAUUACUUUCACAGUCCCAGUGGUCAAAGAUAAUUGUCUGGUUUCAAGGAAAUACUUGAGCUUAUUCCAGAAAUAACAUCUACCAAAGUAUUUAUUCAGUCACUUUAGUUUCACAUCAAACACAAUUUGAGCUGACAUACACAUUUAAGACAGACAACAGAAUAAUUCACUCAACAAGCAUUUAUUAACUACCUACCAUAUCACACAUGUGACAGGCAUUAAAAAUACAGGACUGACAAGAUACAGUUCCUUAUAUUCUAGUAGGAAACAGACCAAAAGAGAAACUAACAAAUAUAAUUACAAAUUGACAUUAAUACAAGACCCAACCUUAGAGUGGUCAGGAAAGAUCUAUAAGAUACUGAUUAAGCUAGAAAGAAAUGCGCUGAGAUAACCAGAGAGGAGGGGAGAAUAUUCCCUGAGAAAGGAGCUGUGAGCAAAGGCGUGGAGCAGGCAAGGACUUGGUGGAAGAACAGGAUUCUAAGGCAGGAUGGAGAGGUAGAAAGUGGCUUCGUAGGCCCAGGUAUGGGCUUUGGAUUUUAUUCUGAAUUCAGUAGCAAUUGAUUAAAGUUUCAUUUGUGUAAUUUGUAUCUAAUUUUUUUAUUAAAGAGAAAGGGUAGGUACAAAGUAAGUGAAAGAGUAUAACCACCCCCAUCACCCAGCUUCAAUGGUCGUUUCAUCUGUAUCUCCACCAAGUCCGCCCCCCCAGGCCAACACACCACACUAUUCGGAAGCAAAUCUCAUAUAAGAAAUUUCAUAUGAAAUAUUUCCAUAUAUACCUUUAAGAUGUAAGAACUCCGGAGGAUCAUCACACCAAAAAACUUCAAAUGUCUGCAUUAUUUUUUAUUUCCACUUUGUUCUUAUCAGGAUCCAAGUAAGGCCAUACAGUACAGCUGGCUGAUACAUCUCUGGUGGAAUCUUCUGUUUCCUUACCCUCCCUUUUUGUUUGUUGUUGUCUCCUUGCAAUUUAUUUAUGGAAACCACAUUCUGCAUUUUGCCAUGUUUCCCUGUAUUAUAUUAAGGUGUGUGGUUCUGGCAGUACUUUAUAGUGGUGUUAGCUACUUCCAAAUCACUGGUUACCUUCUUAUAUUAACUUACUGAUGAUCAUUACCUAGAUACAUUAUUUCAUUAGGGAUUUCAAAAUGGUGAUACUCUUAUUAGCUGGAAUAUUCCUGCAUACUUCAUUCAAUACUUUGGCUAUCCUGAGGUUACACUUCUGUAUGACAGGAUAAAUGUUUGAUUCUUUCCCUUCACUCACAAGUAUGCAAAAUAAGGAAUUGGCUCCCUAGCAUCCUCCAAGGUAACCAUGGUGGUUUUGAGGGGGUUUUGUUAUAGUACCAGUAUGAAUAAAUUUUAAUAGCGUUUUUGUUUCAAUCCGUUGCAGUUACUUUUAAAGAUGGUCUAAUUGUCUUAACCUUUGUGACUUAUAUUUUAAGAACACUGCAUUUUGCAGCUGGUGGAAAAUAGUUUGAGGCUAGAGUUGAUGGGAAGGCCAGUUGACUGUGGCCCUGAUCCAGCACAGCUUCCACCGGGCGAAGGCAGUGACGUUGCUGACGGACUGGACAUUAAGGCUGAGGAAAGAGGAGUCAGAUCAGGGGCUGAGCAACCGCAUCUCCACCUGCCUGCUCCUGGAAUCACCAGAUCAUGACAGUUUCUUGGGCCUCAUCACUACAGGUUUUGGUUCAGUAGGUCUUGGGGCGAGGCCACAGUAGUAUCUCCACUCUAAGUAACUCCCGAGCACUCCGAUGACUGCCCCAAACGACAUCUGAGAGACCCGCUUGAUACAGAGGAAACACACUAAACACAACAGGGAGUCAGGCUCAUAGCAGAUGUAUGAAGAGGCGAGGUGGUUGGUUGUCACAUAGCAGGGACUCAACUUCUAACUAGUGAAGGCUUCACAAAACAGUCUCAGCUCCUCGAGUGAUGUAGGAAACAUCACAGCAUCUCUAAUUGUGUACUAUUUGCCUUUUUCAUGUCACUGAGACUUGGGACAUUAAGCUAAGCAAGACUUGCUUUAAAUAAAAUAGUCUGCCAUGA